ACAGUUGCUGGUGCUGGAGUAAACAUCUUCACGAAUUUUGCUUUCUGAAUUGAGCUCCCAUUACUCUCUCCUUCGGAAUUCUUUAAUUUGAGUCAGAGAUGCAUUUGGUAGUUCUGCUCCUCGGCCUGGCCUCGGCUGCCAGUGCUGCAUCUUUCUACGGCGUUGUCUUGGAGGAAUGGGAGUCAUUCAAGCUCGCCUACAACAAGGAGUAUGACCACGUGGAAGAUGCCUUCCGCCUCAAAGUCUUCGCCGAGAACAAGCAAAAGAUUGCCAGGCACAACCAACUGUACAACAAAGGAGAGCGCACAUACGACUUGAAGAUGAAUCGCUUUGGAGAUAUGCUGCAUAACGAGUUCGUGCACACGAUGAACGGCUAUCGAGGCAAUAGCAUGAACAGAACCUACGGGGCAUCGCGCUUCGUGGCGCCCGACAGCGACGUGAAGCUCCCCGAGACUGUGGACUGGCGCACCAAGGGGGCAGUCACUCCCGUUAAGGACCAGGGCCAUUGUGGCUCGUGCUGGGCUUUCUCCGCAACGGGAUCAUUGGAAGGCCAGCACUUCCGCAAGACGGGCCAGCUGGUGAGUCUGUCUGAACAGAACCUGGUGGACUGCUCGGGCCACUACGGUAACGAGGGCUGCAAUGGCGGCCUCACGGACUCGGCUUUCCAGUACAUAAAAGAUAACGGCGGCAUCGACACCGAGGAAGCAUAUCCGUACACAGCCGAGGUGAGUCGUUGCCGGCCGUUUAUUCUAUUUGAUUGCUUGAAGAGCAAGCAGGCCAAAGGCCCUGGUUAA